GGGGGGGGGGGCCCGGCCCGGCGCCCCCCGCUGCCAGCGCGAUGGGCGAAUGGACCAUCCUGGAGCGGCUGCUGGAGGCGGCGGUGCAGCAGCACUCCACCAUGAUCGGCAGGAUCCUGCUGACGGUGGUGGUGAUCUUCCGCAUCCUGAUCGUGGCCAUCGUGGGCGAGACGGUGUACGAGGACGAGCAGACCAUGUUCACGUGCAACACGCUGCAGCCCGGCUGCAACCAGGCGUGCUACGACGAGGCCUUCCCCAUCUCCCACAUCCGCUACUGGGUCUUCCAGAUCAUCCUGGUGUGCACGCCCAGCCUCUGCUUCAUCACCUACUCCGUGCACCAGGCGGCCAAGCAGCGCGAGCGCCGCUACUCCUUCCUCCACCCGCCGCCGGAGCGCGCCGCGCGCCGCCCCAAGCCCCUCGACGGGCUCCCGGCGCCCGGCGCCGCCGCGGACGACGCCGAGGACGCCAAGGAGGCGCCGCGGGGCUCCAAGGCGCGGCGGCAGGAGGGCAUCUCGCGCUUCUACGUGAUCCAGGUGGUGUUCCGCAACGCGCUGGAGAUCGGCUUCCUGGCCGGGCAGUAUUUCCUCUACGGCUUCCGCGUGCCGGCCAUCUUCGAGUGCGACCGCUACCCCUGCGUCAAGGAGGUGGAGUGCUACGUCUCGCGGCCCACCGAGAAGACCGUCUUCCUCGCCUUCAUGUUCGCCGUCAGCGGCGUCUGCGUCCUGCUCAACCUGGCCGAGCUCAACCACCUGGGCUGGCGCAAGGUGCGGGCGGCCGUGCGGGGGGCGCAGGCGCGGCGCAAGUCCCUGGGGGAGCCCCGCAAAAAGGAGGCGGCCCCCCCGGCGGCCCCCGCGGCCCCCCCGGGGCGGACGCAGUCCAGCGAGUCGGCCUACGUCUGAGCGUGACGCCCCCCCCCCCGGGCCCAAAAAAAGGAUUGUGGGAGGUCGCCGCAAGGGCGGGCGGGCUCCCGCUCCUUCCCCCCCCCUCAAGGAUUUGGGGGGUUCGGCGGCCUCCUCCUUCCCCCCCCCAGGAAUUUGG